GUGCAGCGCGGUCGCCCGGGAGACCGGGGAAGCCAUUUCACGUCCUUCGGAGUCCCGGGCUAGACUGUUUUUCUGCAGUGCUUUCUCAGUACAUUGGGAGAAUUAUGAAUCGUCACAUUCCUGUGCAUGCAUUACCUGAAGAAAUCCAAAAGAUGUCUCCUGAAGAAACAGUUUGUAAAUACUGUGGCGUCAGCUAUCUAAUUCUUCAUGAAUUUAAGGCUAUGGAAGAAAAACUGAAAGCAAUGGAAAAAGAAAUGAAAUUUUAUCAAGGAAGUGUAGACCGAGAAAAGAGACUUCAAGAAAAGCUUCAGUCUCUUAGCCAGGAGUUUGACCAGUAUAAAACUGACAGUGAAUCCAAAGACAAAAGAGUUCAAGAUGCAAACGUGCAGAUAAAAAAGCAACAGAAUGAAUUUCAGAGAGUACAGGAAGAAUUAGAUCAUCUACAACAUGAGUUAACAACCAAACAAAAACAAUCCCAAGUCUUCAGUCAAAAAUUGUCAGAAUACAAAUACUUCUGGAAUAAGACCCUUUUAUUACUUACUUUUACUAAAAGGGAACUAACCAGUAUUAAAUAUGAAAUACAUGAUAAUUUUCAAAACUGGACUUCACUGAAAGGAGAAGUUUUGCUACAGAUUAAAUCUAUAAGUGAUACAGCCUUGGCAGAAAUAGAUAUGUUAAAUAAAAGUCUGACAAUUUCCCAGAGAAAUAAAGUAUGCCUGGAAGAGGAAAUGAAAAAUCUCAAAUUGUUGUCAGAUGCCGCCAUAUUGAGGUCUCAGCAGAUGCAGGUGUCCAAACAACAUGAAGUAAACUUGCAAGCCAGAUGCUAUGAUCUGCAGAAGGAGGCGCUAGACCUACAGUGUCAAGUAGAUGCCCUUGGGUUGAGACUUCAGAAGACAGCGAUGGAGCUGGACAGCUGUAAAGAGACGCUCAUGAAAAAAUCUAAUGAUGCUGAUAACUGUCAAAGAGAACUUAGGAAACUGAAGUUUGAGUCUGUUAUUUCUGAGUCAAGGCACAAUAGGCUACUUAAAGAAAAAGACGACUCUUUAAUGACAUGUCAACAACUAUAUAAAACUUUACAGGAAGAGCUGACCACAAAAGAAAGGCAAGAAGAAGAUAUAAAAAGAAGAAUCAACCUUGCAGAAAAUGAACGAGAGAUGGCCCAAACUCUCCUGCAUCAGACACAGGAAGAAAUUUUAACACUGAAAAAUGAAAGGGAAUUGAUGCUGGCUGCCCAUAAGAAAAGCAUCGAGCAGAUGCAGGAGACCCUGAGACAGAAGCUGCUGAGUGAUGAUAGCUGGAGGGAGAAGGCUGAAGCUGAGCUCACCAAGGAAAGAGCCCGGCAUCUCCUUGAGCUCCAAGAGCAAGCUCUUCUCUUUAAGGAAGAAGCUAAACUGGAACUUGACAUUGAAAAAGAAAAACACCAGGAAGUAAUCCGGAAGUACCAGCAAGAACAGGAGAGCCUACAGAUGAAGAUCUCUGACUUAAUCGCAGGCGCUACAGAAGACCUGAGGCUGGAAGUGGCCUCCCUCCAAGAAAAGCUCAGCCAAGCCCAUGAGCAAUACACGAAAGAGUCCGAGUCAAAGGAAAAGGAGAUGGAAGACCUGAAAAGUCUGGUUGCAGAACUGGAGUGUCGCUUGAAGCAGGAAAGCGGCCACGAAGAUUCGGUUUCAGAGGACUUGAAGAAGGAAGUGAAGCAGAAGGCAGACGAACUGGAAAGAGUCAUGCUGGCCCAAACACAGCUGCUGCAACAGUUCAGCCAGUCACAGGAAGAGAACACUUUUCUCCAGGAAACAGUGCGCAGAGAGUGUGAAGAACGCUUUGAACUGACAGAGGCUUUGAGUCAAGCCAGAGAACAGCUCCUGGAGCUCAGGAGGAGUGGAGGAAGCUUACCGUGUUCCCUCAACAAGGGCGCCCUAACCUACCCUGCCACCGCAGUCAGUAAUCACCGCGAGCGAAGCAGCGUGAGGCAGAACUGUGGACGAGGCACCAACACAACCAGCCUGCAUGGACUGCCAAAGCCCGCUGCUUCCCUAACCCCGGAUAAGCUCAAGAAGGUCAUCAGCGCCGGACUGCCCACCCUUCCCCAGACAUAUCCUCCCAAGGGCCGAGCGUCUUCAGUAAAUGAGACCAGGCAGAGGUUGACUGCCAUCCUGAGCCGGAGGCUGAGUCAGCAGUGACGACCUGAGUCAGGAGCCGGUUCAGCCCACGGUGUACACACCCUUCACAGCUUGCCAGAGACUCACUGUAGCCGGGUGCCCAGAAACACAUGUCUGCAGAUAUAUUUAACGAGGAAUGUAAAAAGCUAGGGACUGUGGAGCAAUAUUUUUCAAAGGGCUUUGGAAAUUGCAACAGAUAAUGAAGUUGGUAUUCCAGAGGGCUGAUUUCUAUUUUCAUGUCUAUCUCAUAUGCCCUGCGAGCCUGGCCUUUGAGGCUUCACACCCCAGCGGAUUUUUCUUUCUCCCUCCCUCCCUUCCUGCCUUUCAUCCUCCCGCUCCCCUUCCUGCUUUCUUUCCGUAGCAAGCAGAUCAUCUCCACAAAAAGUAGAUUAUAUUGGUUUUAUUGGCAUUUGUUCAUUUGUUUAUUGAACUAAAUGGGAUAUGGUAAGUAUACCAAAUGGAAAAAGAAAGUCCUUAGCUAAUUUCCAAAGUACAUACUUCAAAUACUCGCAGAGCUAGUUAAUAAUCACCAUCAGAUGCUCCUUUCCCUCAGCCUACCUGGUUGUCUGAGUGCUUUGUAGGCUGGGUCAGAAGUAAUGAUAGACAGCCUUGUAGAAGACCUUCUACCGAGACCCUGGGGACCUACAAAAUUAUGGUGGCUCCCAUUCAGGAAAAAGUGGUUUGAUUCUCAGAUUAUGAAUAUCGUUUCAGAAAACAGAAGACAUGACCGUGAAAAUAUUUCUUGGUGGAUAUUUUCUGCAUUGAAUGAUUUCUGGCGCACAGCUGAGUUCUGUUGGACUUAAAUUCUCCAGCCGUUGGGAAGAGAACUAAUACAAGAUUGCUUAGUUCAAAGAACGUAAGGCUAAUUUGGAUUCAAAAUUGAUUACCCUUGGAAAUGGGUAACUGAUUACAGUUUCUAUUCUCGGGGUGAGACUGUAAAACAAGAUCCGCUAUUUAAAGCUAUCUUAAAGCCACCAACUCGGGGCUGUUCCUACCUCAGGCUAGUGCUCAUCUGUCUUUUCUCCAGCUGAUCCUUGUCUUUAUGUUUCUGGGGGGUAAAAAACCGAAUCAAUUCCUCCACCUGCUGUCUCAUGGACAUUCAGCCUUCCCCUUCUCAUAUAGGGAACACAUGUGACUAAAGCACACUAAAUUGCCCACUUUGCUGCAGUAUUGAUGAGGGAAACCAUGGGUACCUGGCAUCCUUACCACUGCGUAAAAGAGUAACGUGACUAAACAAAAUCUUCCUAAGGCUUACUAGAGUGUUUUAACUUUAAGAUAAUUCCACGUUAGGUGCCCUGAUUUCCUGACUACUUGAGGUAGGAGUCUUUGUGUUAAGGAUUAGGAUACUUCCUGCUUUACAGAGGUUGCCAUUCUGCAUAAUGACAUUUGACAAGAGUGCACAGCGCCACCCUCACAUCUCUAUAGAAGUAGGCCAAGAGCAUGUGGCCUGACUCAGGGAGUAUACUUAGAGACAGAAGUUGAACCAGGACCCUGUCACUUAAUCCUGGUCUUUCCAGCCCUAAGGGCUUCCCAAGCCUCCAUCAUGAAUGUUGUUUGCCGCACCCACACUAGAGUUAAUUAAUAUUUGUCCUUUUUAAAGUGCAUUCACUUUUCAAACUUGAGUCUGUAUAAGAAGGAGAGCCAAUUCAGGGAAGAAGAACUAUAAAGUGACAGAUGCCCUUGGCUAAUUAUGUUGUUUCUAGUAAAUGGUAAUACAAAUGUGUAUCUGUCAAAAUAAGAAACGUUAAUGGUGUUCCCCUUCCUUGAUAUCAUCCUGUAUAAUGCAGCAGGGACCAGUGCACUAGGUCUCCUGGUUCUGGACUUUGUUUGCAUGCUGAAUUAUAAAAACCUGUGACAUAAGGUAGACGGUAAAGCGAGCAAAGGCCCAGAACAUCUUGAGCAGCAAUCUCUACCAUCAGGUGAGACAUGCUUUUUCACUGUUUUGCAAUUUCAGCUCCCCUUGCAGGAGCCAUAGGCAUACAAUGAGUUUCUUUAUUUUUACUAUGAAUGCAGGUCAAUAAGGAAAGUCACACGUAAGCCUCUCUAAACGGAUAUAAAGACUACCAUUGCAAAACCUGGUUUCUUAGUUUGUUGAUACACUCUUGUUUUACAAUGAAUGUCUGUAAGUCAGAAUGGAACCAUUGUCUGUCAUAAAGUUGUGUUGUAUGCUACAGAGGUAUCAGAGAGGUAUGGAUAAUCAGAAAAUGAUAAUUACUUUAAUUUAACCUAUACCAUCUGAAUAGUGCAGAUUGAGCUGUGGGCAUAUGUAUUUAAAGAAAGAAGUCUUAAAAGUGGCACAAGCACAUGUAACCUAGAGGUUAAAAACACGUCUCCUUGAUUUUCCCAGGGUUGAACCCUUGGCAUGAAAGAGUAUCAUGAAUGUUAGGACACUAGUGAGGCCUGGAGACUGGGUCAGUGAUCAAGAGCUCUUGCUGCUCUUGCAGAAAGAACCCUGGUUUGGUUCCUGUCGUCCACAUGGCAGCUCACAACCAUCUGUAAUUCCAUCCAAACGAUGCCCUCUUCUUACUUCCCUGGGCACUGCACACAGGUGGUACACAUACAUGUGUCCUGGCAAAGCACCCAUUCACACAAAGUAAUAAGAUCAUUUUAAAAUAAUAAAUAAUUUUAGAUUUCUGAAGUUUCUAGGCCUCCUGAGUUACAGGUUAAUCCUAAAGCUUACUUAUUUUUUCAACAGACUUGGAGACUUUCAUGAAAAAGCAUGGUGAGAACUUUAAAAAAAAAAGACAUAAUAAAGGUCUUCACGGCUCAUAUAGUAGGGGCCAAGAAUAAAGCAUAUGCAGAAAUAAUAUAGAUGGGAGGUGUUGAGUAAAGCGUUCAGAGCAAGGUAGUAGACAAAUCUUAGUAGAGGAAUCAGGUAUGCUUCAAAAAAGAAUUGGUACAUACAACAAGUCUUUAAAAAGAGGAGUGGAAUUGUACAGAAAGGUAUACCAGGUAGAAGAAAUGUAUAAACAGAGUCACAGACACAGGAAUCACAGGAAGCAUUUGGUGAGGGGGCAGGAGUAACAGCCUGAGUACCUGACAGGCUGAUCUCGUAGCAUGAAGGUGUUGACUAAGGGCCAGUGCACGCUUUUAGCUGGAAGUGGCAUGUGCUUGGCUGAAAAUUAGGAGCUUUGCCCUGGCGAGGCUGUGCUGGGGUGCUGUGGGAUGGGAAGGCUGGAGGCUGCAACAGCGGCUGGCAGCAAGUAGUCCAGGCAACUUAAUGAAGUCCUAAUGAAGAUGUUUGAGUUGGGAAUAAGGACUAGGCAUCAAAUUAAAAUUCUCUUCAGGGUAGGGAAGGGGGAUUUUUUUUUCUCCUGCUAACUGCAAUUUGAAAGUAUUGCCAGUCCGUGACCCAUUGGCAGGAGUGCAUUUGAUGAGCAUGGUUCUAACGAGAGGACCCUCUCUAUUUAAGAUAUUAGAGCCCCUCUGAAUGAUGGGAACUAGUGGGAGCUGCAUUUCGUUUGGGAAACACGUGAUCCCACAGACUACUGCGCAUGAAAACAUUCCUUACAGGAGCGUACAGAUCUGAAAAGUGUUGUAAGAAUUAUGGAGGAAGAGUGAGAAGUGGACAUUAAACAGAAAUAAUUGUGUCUUGACUCAAAGAAUGCAGCUAAACAGGGAGAUUCUGGAGUGAUGCUGUGCAAUAAAACCUCCUGAUGUUCACUGUUUAUGAAGGGAAAUAUAAAAGAAAAUGCUCAAUUAAAGUGAAGGUUAUCUGAAAAUCUUCCCAUUUUAUGGUACUGAAGAGACCGAUCUAUCACCUGGUCCAGAUGUGUAUCUUAUGCAAGUAGAUAAUAGUUCACUUGGUUAGUUUUCUCUUUGCAUAACUGUGUAACAUCAGACUGAAUGAAAGAACCUGGGCUUCAACUUCUGGCUUACACAUCUCAUUUCCAGACAAAGAAUUCGAUCAGUGUGCCAGCUUUUUCCUACUUGAGUAGGAAAAGUCAGCCCUUCCAAAAGAUCAGCAUCCGCUAGCAGAUUGUUAGAAAUGCAGAAUUUCUCACCUCACACCCAGACCUACUGACUGAACUAUCCUCCCUCUCCUCUCCCCUCUCCUCCCUUUCCCUGCCUUCCUCUAGCUUCCUCUCCCCUCCCUUCCCCUCCACUCCUCCUUCCCCUCCUCUCCCCCUUCCCUCCUUCCCUCCCCUCCUCUGCUGCUCUCCCCUCCCCCACACGUGCCCAUGCUAAGCAGUCUAUCACUGAGCUCUAACUCCAGCCUGAAGUCUUAGAGAUUCUCAGGUGAUUUGUAUUUGCAUCUACUUACCACAAGAUAGACAAAACAGCCUUGCUGUAGUUAGUCUCUCGUGCCUAAGUGAAAACAGUGGUGUGAUGAGGACCCCCCCCCAUGCACCACAUUGACCCAUUUAACACCCAUUUCCAGUGCAUUAAGAUUCUUCUAUGUGGCCAUUGAUUGUGAAUCCAUAACUCUCCAGGAAAACUAGUGGUUAAGGAAAAUCAAUAUUCAUUCCUAAAACUCUAAAAUACAUCAGCGCCCACAGCUCUGAGUUUGAGAACAACUGGAGAUUUUAUUGUUUUAAUCCAAUAGAGGCAUUUCGGUUUUAAUCAUUGGCAACUCAUUGAAUAAUCAUAAACUUUAAUCUCAUAAGAGCAUGUAUUUGAACUUCCGUUUAUUCUUGUAACGGUGAUGCUCAUUCUCUUCUGAGACUUGUGAAAUACAGAAUACUAGGGGAACUUUCUCGGGUGAUGAAAUAAACACAGUAAAAUUAUCCCUCCAGGAAGUAGUUCUGAAUCGUUUAAAUAUAAAACUAACUUGUGGCGUUUCACCUGGAUAAAUAUGUUUUAAAGGCAGAAUUAACACCGGCUAAUUGGAAUUCAGUUCAGAUGCACAGUCUCACAAAUGUGGAUAACACAGUGAGGUGUUAGGUGCGCUUGCCCGUGAGUGGCCUGAGCUCAUUCCGUGAUACCGUGGGACAGCCAUCUUCUUUAGCUGUGCCAUCCUUUCUUUCCUCGUUCUUUCCGGCAUCACACACGUGCAAGUGAGCCUGCGAACAAUGGGAGACACGUUGUUCCUCUCUUGUGCUCUUCCUCACAGCUCUUCUGCUGAGCCGUAUCUCCAGUCAAGAAAAGAAUGAAGGAAGCCAGUAUCACAGAUCACAGCACACACACACCUGUGAUUACAGCACCCAGGAGGUAGAGGCAAGGGGAUCACUACAAGUUCAAAGCCAGCCAAGGCUGCAUAUAGAGAUCCUCUCAGUCAGUCAAUCAAUCACCAUAAAAAUGAGACAGAUUGAUUUCAUUUGCCACUUAGAAGUUUAAAACCUAUUUAAAACUUAUUAACAUGUUUAGUGCCAAUACUUAUAUAAGUAAAAUAAAAAAUACUUUUCAUGUUAAGUAACUCAAACCCAACAAUUAGACUUGUGUAAUUUAGGAUAUUGAAGCAUUUUAGACGCUUUUAUAAGGUAUCCGUGUGAGGAGGAUUAAUGCUGCCAGUAGAUUUAUUUGCCGAAGAUGUGAGCAUCUGGCCUGCCUCGCUGCCAGCCCUGUCUCCAUCUCCCAAGUGAGCUCGAUGUGGCUGAGCACAUUAAUCUGGAGAGAUCUCUUGGUCUUCUGUCUUCUUGAAGCAAAUGAGUUCUCCAGUCGUAAUUUUCUAUCCAAAGCCUUAAAUUUCUAGGGAAUUAAGGUCACUGCCAAGAUUCAAGUGACUUCUUUUCACUGAUUAAAAGCAGGGUUUCUGAAAACCCGGAGUAGCCAACUUUCCACUCACUAUUACCAGACUUUAAAAUAAUGUAUUUGAGGUUUAAGCCUGGGUUGCAAGGAUCGAGAUUGGAAUCAUUUUCUUUUUCCAUGCGGUAUACAAUACUUAAUACAGAAGCUGAGAUAUGUGCUUUUGGUGAGUUAGAGAAAAAAAUUCACCACUUUAACAGCCCUGGGCGUAAGCCUAAUGUACAUGUUCCCUCCAGACUCAGUUAUAACAUUUGCUAAUGUUCCCUAAAUUAAAAAGGGAAAAAACUAUGUCUCUCUUGCACAUAUUUAGGUUGGAAUCAUAAAUAAUAAUAAGUGUAAGUAGAUGUUUUGUUUUAGGUAUUUUAAAGAUGGCCAGAAUGUUAUAAAUUUUGGCACUUGCAAAAUUUUUAACUUUAGGAUUUUUUUUUAUGACUGCAAAACCUUUCUUGAACUUCCAUACUAAGUUACUGUACAUACAUGCAUACCUUUCUGUAGCUUUUCUAGUUCAAGCUGCUAGAUUAGUUAUUGCUCUAUCACCUUAAUAUGACAUAAAUAUAUAUUUUAAUGGAUAAUUUUGAAUCACAAAAAUGAAAUGUUAUUAGUAGUGCAUUUCUUUUUUAAUUUAGUGUGUGCAGCUGUUUGAUGAGCGCAUGUGAGUUUGCAAGUGCCGUGGUGUGUGAGUAGAGGUCAGAGGGCAACUUUGGAGAUUCGGUUGUCUUUUUCCGCUGUGGAAUCUGGCCCUCAGGCUUGCACGACACUUGCUCUCCUCCCUGAACCAUCUCACUGGCCCUCACGGUGCUUUCCAGAUGAGUUGGAUCAUACCCUUUUCUUUAUAUCUAAUGGAAAAUUAAAAUAUAUCUAGGGAUAGUGACCUAUGCCUAUAAUCCUAGCAGUCCAGAAGCUGAAGCAGGAGGAUGGUAAGUUCAAGGCCAGCCUGGACAACAUAAUGAGUUAUUGGCCGGUCUGAACUAUGAGACCCUGUCUCCCACAGACUGUAAUGACAUCAGAGGAAGAACAGGAAGGGAAUGGAAGGAAGACAUUUACCAAAAACAAUAAUGAUUGACUGAUCUGUAUGUGGGAUAUUAUUUGAGACAAGUUCUGCUGUGUAGCCCAGGCUGGCCUUGAACUCAUGAUCUUCCUGCCUCAGCUUUCCAACUGCUGGGAUUACAUGUAUGUACCAUCAUGUGAGAAUUGUGUCUUAUUAACUAGUGAAAAAAAUUCAACAUUUUAAAAACUUUUCUCCGGUAUAUCUGUAAAGAUACUAAAUGAAAGCAUAUCAAUAAAUGUUGAUAAUUUAUAAAUUGGAAUUAUACUAAAAAAGAACUGGUGAUACUAA